CCCAGUGGCAGGCUGUCAGAAAGUAGCCUCAUGUCUGACAACAGCUGAUUUGGAGGCAGCUGAUAUUUUAAAAAAGUUUUCAGCUAAACUCGGCAAGGGGAAGUCAGCUAUGAAGGCAGCUGAUAUUUUUGAAAAGUUUUCAGCUAAACUCCAGCAGGGGAAGUCAGCUAUGAAGCUAUCCUUUGGAAGUAUGAGGAGAGCUGCACUCCACAAAAAAUGACACACGUGACAUGUUCUUAACCAGAAAAUAAACAUAGAAGUCUAGAAGGAUUCCUGAAUGAGCUGAGAUGGAAAAACCAGCAUUGCAUUUAUGAGGAGAGGAAGCUAUUUGGGUCCUGAGAAGAGACCAGGGGCAUGUCUUGUAGUCUGCUGAGAGCACCUCUAAGAAUCGCAGCCCUGCCUUACCCCUUUCAACUCCACAUUCACCAAAGCAGAAAAUGCCAUGGUGAGGCUAUCCCAUGGGGCACCCCUGCUGCUGCUCUUUGAGAGUUGUGCCACUGGCAUGCUUGAAAGCAACACCCGGGGGUGCUCUCAGGACAGCUUCCUGUCUCACUUUCAGGAGCAGGUGAAUAAAAAUGUGAGGCAGAGGAUUUGGCAUAUUGUAGGUUAUUAUGGCUAACAAAACACUUGGACGGUGGAAGAUUAAUUGACUGUUGACAAAGUAAGUGCUGAGCAAAGGCGGUCACCCAGUCCAACCAGGAUGGACAGUAUAGAAUUUGUUCUUGAAUCAGGAUAAGGAGGUAAAAUGGGAUGAUUGUGGAUGAACUCAAUUUGUCUGUAGGUAGGAGAAAAUUAUCCACCAGAGGAACAAAUGUUAUUUUCACAGCAUGUCCGAACCUGAAGACUUGACUAAAAAGCAUUGAGGUGCCCAGUAGAGACGGGGUGUUGGAAACAACAGGGCUGGGAUCAGUGUUUUAAAGCACUUCAGGAAUUUGGGGAGGGGGUUGUUUUUUUUUCCUAGAGCAAGUCAAACAUCAUGACAUGCUGAUCAGGGGAUCAAAAGGGGUUCACGAGUGAAUUCAGGAUUGUGAAGAUGAGGCUGUUCUGGGAACACCAGUGCGGUCCUGAAAGACCGGCUCAUGGAGCAUGCUGUGUUGCCCCAAAGGGGACACAGCCAGAGGGGGGCAAUUCCCCUGGUGCCAAGGUGGCCACACCAGUUCUCCAGCGGCCUGGCAUGGCUGGUUUGCUGUGUUGGUCCAGCCCCAAUGACUGGGCUUGCAAUGACCCUUGGCUUCCAGCCCCUCGGCCCCCAGCCCCAGAGGGUUGUGGGCCCAGGAAAGGGCAUGGGGGCUGCACUCUGCCCCCUGCCCAUUGCAUGGACAGAAGGUGCUAGGGUGCCUGAGACUGACGGAGCCUGCAGCUAAGGUGCAUUGCCAUGGGGGUGCUAAUGCAGGGCACUACCAGGGGCUGGCGCAUGCGCACACCCGCGGGCGGCGGGGGCGGUGCAACGCCGCAGGGGGCUGCCAGGGGGCGCUGCAUGGAUCGCGCUCAGGGGCAGUCACCGCUUCCCUCCUCCCACCCUGGGGCGGCACUGCUUGCCCGGAAGUGACGCGAGGUUGUUUUCCUGCGUCUCUUCCGGCGGCGGCUGCGUGAGACCUGGGCCAUGGACAUCCUGCGGGCAGAGAUCAUCCGCAAGCGGCGGCUGCUGGAGGAGAAGGAGCUGGUCGGGGAAAACAAAAAGCACUUCAAGCGCAGCGAGCUAGUUAAGAAGGAGGAAGAGGCGUACUUGCAGAGAUGUGGCUACAAGCCUGUAAGUGAGAAGCCUUCUGGAGAGCAGACAGAAGAGGAAGAGAAACCAUUGACUUCAUCCAAUCCAGUAUUGGAGCUAGAGCUGGCGGAAGAAAAGUUACCCAUGACUCUUUCCAGACAAGAGGUGAUUAGAAGAUUGAGAGAGAGAGGUGAACCUAUCAGAUUGUUUGGAGAAACAGAUUAUGAUGCGUUCCAGCGUUUGAGGAAGAUAGAAAUUCUUGCGCCUGAAGUUAACAAGGGAUUGAGAAAUGACCUGAAGGCGGCUUUGGAUAAGAUUGAUCAACAGUACCUGAAUGAGAUUGUAGGUGGUCAAGAAGCAGGAGAAGAUGACUCACAGAAUGAUCUGAAAGUCCAUGAAGAAAACACUACUAUUGAAGAAUUGGAGGGAACACCAGGAUCUCUGCUGGUGAGACAAGUGGCGAGACCCGGACAGACGACCCUGUCCAGGGCCAGCACUGGGGACCCAGCUGGAGGGGCAGACGAGGCUUUGGGAGAGUCCUUAGGAAAAGGGGAUGACCAUAAAGACAUGGACAUCAUAACCAAAUUCUUAAAGUUUCUUCUCGGAGUUUGGGCCAAGGAGCUGAAUGCCAGGGAGGAUUAUGUCAAACGUGGUGUGCAGGGGAAACUGAGCAGUGCCACUCAAAAGCAGACAGAAUCUUACCUCCGACCCCUCUUCAGAAAACUACGGAAAAGGACUAUUCCUGCAGACAUCAAAGAAUCAAUAACAGAUAUUAUUAAAUUCAUGUUGCAACGGGAGUAUGUGAAGGCGAAUGACGCCUACCUUCAGAUGGCCAUUGGGAACGCACCUUGGCCCAUUGGAGUCACCAUGGUUGGCAUCCAUGCCCGAACUGGCCGUGAAAAGAUUUUCUCAAAGCAUGUGGCCCAUGUCCUGAAUGAUGAGACUCAGAGGAAAUACAUUCAGGGGUUGAAGAGGCUCAUGACCAUUUGCCAGAAACACUUCCCAACAGACCCAUCGAAAUGUGUGGAGUACAACGCGUUGUGAGGCCCUUUCGCAUCCAAGGUGCAAAUCACUUUCUGCUCCUCAAGACUCGGAGAGUGAUGAAGAUAACAGCACAUUUAUGCUUGAAUGCAGAAACUCAGGGUGGGCCUUGGGCAAAAGCAUAAAGUAGGGGCUUUGUCUUCUGCUUGAUUUUUUUUUUUCACCAGCCACAUCUACUUACAUUUCUUAAGGACUGUGUAUUUUAUACUCGGUGGAUCCAGGACACACAGGGGUUUUUUGGGUGGUUGUGUGAGGAGGGGGGAGCACGAGAUGGCUUUCCUUGUUUUUAUUUUAACCAGUUAUUCAGGAAAGCAUACCAGGCUGAACUUAAUUUCUCUUUUCCCAUAAUUCAGAUGCUUAGAUGACAGACAGCAAUGGGGUGGUAUUUUUUGG